AAAUGUUACUAGUACAUUGUAAGUUCGGAGCAGAGCAGGCGCGCUCGGCCUCGCCGGAGCGUGUCACUAGGCCAUGUGCAAAUAGCUGGGGCGGAGUCGGGUUUGCAGACUAGAGUUUAUCGUAUCAGAUCAGUUUUCUUCCGCCGACUGGAGGGAACGCUUCGUCCGUCGCCACCGACAUGCUGCGCAACGUGCUCAAGAGGAUUCAACAUCUGCGACGCUACUCGUCCGCGGCUCUGCCGGCGCCGGACACGAACCCGCCGAUUCUGUACACAGGCAUAUUUGUCAACAACGAAUGGCACAAGUCCAAGAGCGAGAACACAUUUCCCACCGUCAAUCCGACCACCGGCGAGGUGAUCGCCGAGGUACAGGAAGGUGACAGCGCGGACGUUGACUUCGCGGUGCGGGCUGCUAAUAAGGCCUUCAAGAGGAAUUCACAAUGGAGAACCAUGGACGCCUCCCAAAGGGGGGUCCUUUUGAACAGAUUGGCGGAUUUGAUCGAGCGUGAUCAGAAAUACAUCGCGUCCUUGGAAACCUUAGACAAUGGAAAGCCAUACUCGAUGGCGUACAGCGGGGACGUGCCCAUGAGCGUUGGAGUACUGAGAUAUUUUGCCGGAUGGGCCGAUAAGAAUCAUGGAAAAGUUAUCCCAGCUGACGGGAAGGUCUUUGCUUACACUAGACACGAGCCAGUGGGAGUAUGCGGUCAAAUUAUUCCGUGGAAUUUCCCUGUGUUGAUGAUGGCAUGGAAGUUAGCGCCGGCUUUAGCUACAGGAAACGUCGUUGUUCUAAAACCCGCUGAACAGACUCCGUUGACAGCUCUCUACAUGGCGCAAUUGACUAAAGAAGCUGGAUUUCCUGACGGAGUGGUCAAUGUCGUUCCUGGCUAUGGUAAAACUGGUGCCGCGUUAGUCGUUCACGACAAGGUUGACAAGAUCGCAUUUACGGGUUCCACCGAGGUCGGCCAACUAAUAAAGCAAAAUGCCGCUAUUCACAAGUUAAAGAGGACUACGCUGGAGUUAGGUGGAAAAUCCCCGAAUAUCAUUCUUAAAGAUGUCGAUGUAAAUAUGGCGGUUGAAGCAGCGCAUUUUGGAUUAUUCUUUAACAUGGGUCAAUGCUGUUGUGCAGGCUCAAGGACGUUUGUUCAAUCAAAGAUCUAUGACGAAUUCGUCGAGAAAAGUGCGCUUCGCGCUAAAACUAAGCCCGUGGGAAAUCCGUUUGACUUGAAAAUAGAACAAGGCCCACAGAUUGACGAGGAGCAGUUAAAUAAAAUUAUGCGUCUGAUAGAGACUGGUAAAGAUCAAGGCGCUAGUUUGAUGACAGGCGGCGAGCGCAUUGGCGAUAGAGGCUACUUCGUUGCUCCAACGGUAUUCGCAGAUGUUAAAGACGAUAUGACUAUAGCCAAAGAAGAGAUAUUUGGUCCGGUUCAGCAAAUCCUGAAGUUUGACGAUUUGGAAGAAGUUAUUGAACGCGCAAAUAACACCGAUUACGGAUUAGCUGCUGCAGUUUUUACGAAGGACCUCAAUAAAAUGAAUUAUAUAGUGCAGGGUCUUCGCGCCGGUACCGUGUGGGUCAAUACGUAUAAUAAUAUAAUUCCUCAAGUGCCGUUUGGUGGAUUCAAAAUGUCUGGACACGGUAGAGAACUUGGAGAAUACGGUCUUGAGGCGUAUACGGAAGUCAAAAGCGUAAUAGUUCAAAUGAUGGAGAAAAAUUCAUAAAAAAGUAUAUCAAGGUCGCUAUUGAAAAACCAUUUUACAAGCAUUUUUACUGGAAAAAACCAAGUACCACUGUACAAAUAUUUUUUUAUAUAAAUUUAAAAUUAUUAUAUAUACAUUUUUAAUCUCGUUGUAUACAAAUUUUUGUACUUUUCUCGUGUAAAACUGUGAGCGUUGAGCACACAUAAAGCGACAGCAAUAGUUUUUAUAACAUAAACUGUAAUACGAUAGCGAGAUAUAACACAAAGAAAGAGUUUCAUCAAAUAUUUUAAAUUCCUAAUUAGAAAAAGUUAAAUACAUAUUUUUCGAGAAUAUAUUAUACAAUUUUUCUCUUUAAUUAUAUUUUUUUAUUUUAUUCCUAUUUAAGAUAUUUUAAGCACAAUGAAUGUUAUACAUUAAGGUGAAUUUGAUCAAGCAAGUUAACAUAACGCAGACCUAGCUGUUAUUUGUGCAAAAUGUGUGUCAUGCUGCAUCAGGUUUUGCAUGCAAAAAUAUAUAGAAAAUUGCAAAAUGUGCCAUACUUGUUACAAAUCUUGCUGACUUCGUUGAAUAAAUACAAGUUAAAUACUUUUACAGUUACAUAGACAAUUGUAUUACCUUAUUUUUUAAGUUCAAGACAAUAAAACAUCAUUAAAUCUGU